UGGCAGCGCGGAUCUGCUGCUGGGGCUGUUUCUGUGAGGAAGUACAGACCCUGCUGCUGCUGCUGCUGCUGCUGCUGUUAAAGGGAGAAUGGAGAGCGCGUCUCGAGGUCUUCAGAUCCGGACCGGGCGAGCACUGCUCUGCUGUUCCCGGGAUUAAAGUUUAGGACGCGGUGAAACUUGUUCUGCAUGGGGACGGGGGGGCGGUGCGGCUCCGUUUACCCUGAUCUGUGUGUAGUCUGAGGAGCAUCGGCGGAAAGCGGGACUACAGGACCGGAUUCAUGUGAGGAUAAAGGGGAACUCUGUAGAGAUUGUGGACAGGUGACUGUGGCCUGGUGAUCGGUUCUCUUUGAUCCAGUGGAGUGUGUGUCCAGGAGGACCAGAGAUGUACCAGGAGGUGGCCUUCCUUGCUGGCAACACUGAUCAUCAGUUCACCACCUUUCACUUCAACCCUUUAAAAAGCCCAGUGGAGACUGGCGCUAAGAAGGGCAUCUUCUACAAGCGUGCCAGACAACUGCCAUGGCCUUCAGAGUUUCAGGAGGAGAUUUGGUGUCAAACUGCCAUCGCGCACGAAACUCUCUCGAUUGACAGCAAUGCUAUUAUUAAUGUAGGUGGUAUUCGUUACAGCAUCCCGUGGUCGACGCUUGAGGAGUUCCCUCUGACACGUCUCGGGAAGCUGCGGAGCUGCAGCAGCGCGGAGGAAAUCAUGGAUUUGUGUGACGACUACGAUGCAUGCUGUAAUGAGUUUUUCUUUGACCGCAGCCCAAACGCCUUUCGUUGCAUUGUGACAUUUCUUGCAGCGGGGAAGCUGCGACUGCUGCGAGAGAUGUGUGCUCUGUCCUUUCAGGAGGAGUUGAUGUACUGGGGUGUGAAAGAGGCCAGCCUGGAAUGGUGCUGUCUAAAGAAGCUCCGGCUCAGGCAGGAAGACCAGCGUGAGCACUUGCAGCAGGAGGAGGAAGAAACUGAGCCGGUGUCACCUCAGCCCUGUGAAGAGGUGUCAGAGGGAAAGGACAAAGGCUAUCUUACGAGGUGCAUGAACAGUCUAAGAGACAUGGUGGAGAACCCACAUUCAGGCCUGCCAGGGAAGAUCUUCGCUAGCCUGUCAGUGGUGUUUGUUGCCAUCACAGCAGUCACUCUCUGUGUCAGUACCAUGCCGGACCUGAGGGAGGAGGAGGAAAGGGGUGAGUGCUCCCAGCGAUGCUACAAUAUCUUUGUUCUCGAGACUGUUUGUGUGGGAUGGUUCUCCUUAGAGUUUCUGCUGCGCUUCAUUCAGACCCAGAGGAAAUGCCUGUUCCUGAGCACUCCACUCAACAUCAUUGAUGUAGUAGCUAUUCUGCCCUACUACAUCACUCUUAUUGUGGACUCUCUCUCAGUGGGUGAUCAAUCCACUGUAUCCGGGAACAACUACUUGGAGAAAGUGGGCUUGGUGCUGCGGGUCCUGCGGGCGCUGCGUAUUUGCUACGUGAUGCGAUUAGCUCGCCACUCGGUGGGCCUGCAGACGCUGGGGCUGACCAUCCGCAGGUGCACGCGCGAGUUUGGCCUGCUGCUGCUUUUCUUGUGUGUUGCCAUGGCACUGUUCUCACCGCUGGUCUUUCUGGCCGAGAGUGAAAUGGGGGCCAAGCAGGAGUUCACCAGCAUCCCUGGCAGCUACUGGUGGGCUGUCAUUUCGAUGACAACGGUGGGCUAUGGCGACAUGGUACCCCGCAGUAUUCCAGGACAGGUGGUGGCACUGAGCAGCAUCCUUAGCGGAAUAUUACUCAUGGCGUUUCCAGUUACGUCCAUUUUCCACACCUUCUCCCGCUCGUACCUGGAGCUGAAGGAGCAACAAAACCAAACUACAAACCACAAAGCCCACUCGCAGGACAGCACCAAGUCCCAGAACAGUGAAGACUCGCAGGAAACGGACAGCUCGCUCCACGGGAUUGCUGAAAACAUGGCUGCCACCACCAGUGAGCAGCACUGCAGAUCCGCACCCAUGGUGAAAUAGGUUUAACAUAUGUGACAAUAAGAUAGAGUACUGAAUAAAAUGAAAAACAAACAAAAAAAAAACAACACCUGCUUACAAUGUCCGCACAAAUAUGUAUAUCAUUACAAUAAUUAAAAACAAGUAGCAAAAAAAAGCAAAUAUGAGGCAAAAAACUGUCACAUUUCAUUCAGUCCAUUUGAUUUCGUGCAUGAUGCGCAUGUAGAUUUUAAUGCUUUAAUACAACAGCCGUUUCCUCUCCAUAUUGCAGUAAUGCAGGGUUAAGGAUAACCUUUUACAGAAGUGUUGAUUUCUAGACUGUAUGUUGAAGAUUUUCUAUUGUCUGCAUUUUGUGUAACACCGUGUUUUCAAAUUCUAUUCAAUUGUUAUCUUGUCUGUGAAAUGCAGAAGCAUAACUGAAAUAUCCAUUCUGUUGUCAUUUUUACUGCACGUGUCAAAGGACAGUAUUACAACAAACAGUAUUACAAACAGUGUUUUAAUUCAUUUGUUUAAUGUUUAAACAAAGUUUAGUUCGUCUUUAGUCAAGUUUUCAGGUGUUUUAGAUUUAGAAUAGACACAGUACAACUAAUCUCACAAACAACAAUGAGUAUUUUUAACCAGUCUAAAGCACAACUCUUUAAGGAAAUACUGUUGAAAGUAGUAGCAGUGUUGCCCUCUGUUUGAUGACUGCUGUCUUAUUUUGUAUCCACCUUUACAACUGUAAAUGAUUUCACAUUUCACACAAAAUGUUAGUACAGUCCCCUCCAAACAUUUUGGAACAGUGAGGGCAAUUCUAUCAUUUCUGCUGUAGACAGAAAAUAUAUAUUUUUUUUUUAAAGAUUCUGACGGUUUCACGCUAUAUCAUGGUAUAUUUAUUUUAGCUUACUUAUUUACUUAUUUAUUUAUUUAUUUAUUCAUUCAUUGCAUAACUCUCCUUUUAUAUAGGUUUGUGAAUUACUGUACUUAGCUUCCUUUUUAAAUAUUUCCAUAAAGACUAUAAAUGGACCUAAAUUACUCAAUGUUUAAGUAUUUAAAAAAACCCAAAAACUCUUUUGCACAAGUUAGACACAAGUUUAAUAUCAAUUUACAAUGUUUUUUCUGAAGCCAUUAGAGGUAUUACAGUAUUAAAAUUAGCUACCAUUUACUUUUUUUCUCCAGUUUAACAAAUAAAUUAAAUUCAGUGUACAUUAAUAUUAUCCAUCAAGCUACAGUAUUAGUAUAUUUAAAAGGGCUAUAGGUACUUCCUAAUAUUCAGAGUUUUAGGGAGUUUUAUCUCUUGUGAUGACUAAAUGACUUCGCACUCAGGACUGAAUCCGGGCUCAUCUGGGGGGCACGAGAGGAACGUUUCUCCGGGCUGUGGAUCAAUUGUGUCACACGACGCUUUGCAGUGCCUCUAGUGGUGUGGUGGUAUGAGAGAAAUAUUUACCGGUUCUAAAUUCCACUCUGGUAUACCGUUUGGCAUCAUGAGCAAAUCCUCUUUUGUCUCCAAAUGUUAGCCUUUCCACCACAUUAGUAAAGGUUAAUCUACGUCUUUUCAAUCCAUAGAGAGUCCAUAGGCUUGUCUCUGUACUUCUUGGCAAAUUCCAGCCUGGCCUUCCUCAUCUUCUUUGAAUAUAAAUGCACAGUCUGCACAGGCAAAACGCAAAUCUGAAACUAAAUAUUGACAUUCAACAAUAAUUAUUGUUUGAAUAACCAAAAUACCAGGACACACCAAGGCAACAAAACCCACCUGAUAGUCACCUGAUAGUUCCAAUACAUUUGCUCACAAGACAAAUGGGUGGUGUUACACCUCAGCCCAUGUUUGUCAUGUUUCUUCUUUUAAUUGUAAUUUCUGUUCCUGUCUUUAAGUCUUGCUUGUCUUUCCUAGUCUACUUGAUUUCCACACCAUGUGCUCUGUAGCACAUGGUCUGCUGUUUCUCUCUUCUCGCUCUGUCAUUAGUGUUCCCACCUGUCUCAUUUGUAACCCAGCCUCCUCAAUAUCUCCCCCAGGUGUUUCUUGUCUGUGUCUGUAUGUAUAUAUACCCUAUGUUUGCCUUUGUUCUCUGUCAUACUUCGUUUGUUCCCUCAUAUUUCUGGUAUCUUGUAUGUUUUUUCAUAUAAAUUAUGCUCUAGGGAAAAAAAAGAGAUCACUUAAAAAUUAUGAGUUUCUUAGAUUUUACCAAAUUAAAAACCUCUGGAAUAUAAUCAAGAGGAAGAUGGAUGAUCACAAGCCAUCAAACCAAACUGAACUGCUUGGAUUUUUGUACCAGGAGUAAAGGCAUAAAGUUCUCCAAAAGCAGUGUGUAAGACUGGUGGAGGAGAACAUGCCAAGAUGCAUGAACACUGAUUAAAAAUCAGGGUUAUUCCACCAAAUAUUGAUUUCUGAACUCUUAAAACUUUAUGAAUAUGAACUUGUUUUCUGAAAGCUCUGCAUUGUUUUUGUUGUUUCGGCCAUUUCUUAUUUUCUGCAAAUGCUCUAAAUGACUAUUUUUAAUUGGAAUUUGGGAGAAAUGUUGUCCGUAGUUUACAGAAUAAAUGUUAAUUUUACUCAAAUAAAUACCUAUUAAUAGCACAAUCAAAGAAACUGAUUUAGAAACUCUCUUGUGGUCUCUUAAUUUUUAUUUCAGAGCUGUAUAUACAUUUUUGUUAGUAGAUGGUUUUGUCUAUCUAGUCUUUUUUUUUACGUUGUUUGUUUUCAUUAUGGCUGCAAAUAAAACCUACUUGCAUUUGCAACCAACUGUGGAUCGUUGCAGCUGGGAUCAGACAAUCAGACAACAAGAUCUGGAAUGUGUAUCAGAUCCAGAUGUAAAUACAUGAAAAUAAAAGCUGAAAUGUUGAUCUUUUGUCUUAAUGUUUUCAAUUUACAGCAGAAAUAAUGGGAUUGGCCUCACUGUUCUAAUACUUUUGGAGGAGACUGUACAUACAUAUAUAUAAAUGUCUGGUUAAUUUGCUUCUAAAUGUGAUUUUUUUUAUAUCUUACAGACACUGGAGUAUGAUGAUGAUGAUUAUUAUUAUUAUUAUUAUUAUUAUCAGUGAGAAAAUGUUUACAAAUGGUCACACUGCCACACAGCACAUACAGGAUAGUAGUAGCCUUCAGGAUAUUCUGGGAUAAAAUCGAAUGGAUGGAGAAACAGAAUAUUAGAAGUGAAAAAGAAUGGAAUAUGUUUACUAUUUAUUUUGCCUACGUAUUGUUUCAUUGUUCAAGUUUUUUCUUUUACUUAAAUAAAGCCAAAUAAAUAGCUUCUUACCACACAA